UCAAAGUUGAAUCGUUGCAUGACCAAUACACAUCAUGCUUGUGUAAGGAGAGAUCACUGAAAAUAAUUUCCAACAAAUAACGUAAAAGUAGUGAGUUGGCUUGAAAGAAAGAAUGCUGCUGUCUUCGUUGCGGACUGUGGCACUGUGUGGCUGCAAAAAUGCUGGGAACGGAUUUCAACACAGAAAUAGGAUCCCCCCGAUGCGACAAUGGUUGAUGAAGAGAGGACAGGGCACAAUCACAGCCGAGGGUGGGGCGACCCCCGCCCAAGCGACAGCGGCAAUUACAGUGCCCAAUGCAGCUACAAACAGGAUCCUCGGCCGGUGGUUGCUCGGUUGUAGCGGACUGGUUGUCGGGGCGGUGGUGUUGGGCGGUGUCACAAGGUUGACUGAGUCAGGUCUGUCAAUGGUUGACUGGCACCUGGUGAAAGAGAUGAAGCCUCCACAGACGCAGGCGGAGUGGGAGGCAGAGUUUGCUAAGUACCAGCAAUUCCCGGAGUUUAAGAUAAUGAACCACAACAUGACACUGCCAGAGUUCAAGUUCAUCUUCUUCAUGGAGUGGGGCCACAGGAUGUGGGGGCGUCUGGUGGGCCUGGCCUACGUCCUGCCCACCAUCUACUUCUGGAGGAAGGGCUACCUCAACAGGUCCAUGAAGGGACGGGUGGUGGGCCUCUGUGGCUUUGUAUUCUUCCAGGGGCUCCUAGGAUGGUACAUGGUGAAAAGCGGCCUGGAGGAGAAGCCAGAGUCGUAUGACGUCCCGAGGGUCAGUCAGUACCGCCUGUCAGCCCACCUGGGCUCGGCUCUGCUGUUGUACUGUGCCAGCCUCUGGACCGGACUGACUCUGCUGCUGCCUGCUCACAAGCUGGCUGACACCCAACGUUUGACUCGGCUAAGAAGGUUUGCCAAGGGAACAGGAGGACUCGUCUUCCUCACUGCUCUCUCAGGUGCGUUUGUGGCGGGGCUGGACGCAGGGCUGGUCUACAACUCCUUCCCCAAGAUGGGAGAGCGCUGGCUCCCGGAUGACCUGCUGGCCUUCUCCCCCACCCUCAAGAACUUCUUUGAGAACCCCACCACUGUUCAGUUUGACCACCGGGUGCUGGCCAUCUCCUCCCUCACAGCCAUCACAGGUCUCUACUUGUUCUCCAGGAAUAUGAGACUACCGCGGAGGGCUAAGAUCGCCAUCAGCCUGCUGACAGCCAUGGCCUAUGGACAGGUUGCCCUGGGCAUCAGUACCCUGCUGCUGUAUGUGCCCACCCCCCUGGCAGCUACCCACCAAUCAGGCUCCGUCGCCCUCCUCUCGCUCGCCAUCUGGGUCCUGGCAGAGCUGAGGAAGGUUCCCAAGUAGAUGCCCUCUCUGCUCCCUAAAAAGCCUCCAUGACAAAGCCCCAACGAGACCCUGACCACCAGCCCUCUUCAGCCCCCUUCCUGCCCCCCCCCCCCCCCCCCCCCCCCCGUCGCUAGGAGGAGGAGGAGGGAGAGAGAGAGCAGAAUGCGCAAUGAGCAGUGAGCACUUCACAAAUGGAUGGUUUGGAAAUGGUUAGGUUGGUAUUCUCAGGAAAAAAAGAGAGAUGGGGGAGGGGAGGCAAGAGUAAAGGUGAGAAGAGCAGGAGGGGGGGGCAAAGGGGUUAGGGAGGGAGGGGGGUGUUCUGUGCACUUAUUGGUUGAACAGAAAAACAUGAUGCUCUCUCAACUUGGAAGUGCGCCGCAAUAAUGACUCACUGUGAUGAAGUAUUGAUUUAUUUUUAAGGGGCAAAAUAUUUUUUGCCUAACCUUGCAAGAUUGCUCAUUCCACAGCUUGUUGAGACAAUGGGUGAUACCUACUUAAACAUGUUUGACCUAGAUGGCCGUCUUGUAAGUGGAGGGCUCUUUCUGCAGUUGUUUUUCCAGUGUGGCAACAUGGUGAUUUAUGUUAAUGCACCUAGCCAACAACAUGCAAGAUCAAUAUAGCACACAUACAUAUAUCACACAAUAUAGUAAUUUUAAAACAUGGGCCAUAGGCUUCACAUAGUAAAUUACACCUUAUCUUCCAACCUGAAACAUGAGAAUUAAUUAUUUGUGUUGUUUGAAUGUACAUUUCAUUACAGUUGAAGCAUGUGUAUAAGGUUUGGUCUGUGUGCCUUUCCCUCUGUAAAUACGGUGUUAUGGGUUUAAACUGCUCAUUGCAGGGUGUGUUCUUCUGUUGUGGAGGAGGAGUGGACCUUGGUGGGGGUGGGAGGCCAUG